GUAUCCAACUGCCAAAGGAAGAUGAGAUUUCAGUACCUGUGACUUCAAGCUCCCUAGUUAAGGACACUGGGGAGAAUGUUGAUCUUGCUGUUGAACAGGAAGAGAAGAUGAAAGAGGAACCUUUAACCAUCUCAGAACUGAUAUACAAUCCCAGUGCCAGCUUGCUGCCCACCCCAGUUGAUGAUGAGGUUGAUAUGCUCUUUGAUACCUGUCCAAGAGUAGAGGGUGAGAAAGAUGAUACAGAUUCAUUUGAGGAACUGGAAGCAGAUGAAAAUGCAUUUUUGAUUGCAGAGGAGGAAGAACUGAAAGAAGCUCGGAGAGCACUUAGGUGGAGCUAUGACUUUCUAAUGGGCAACAUAGAGGUAAAUGCCUUUGUGAAGAGUUUCUCCCGUCUUCUUCUUGUAGGCCUUGGACUGUUGUUGUUUGUGUUCCCUCUUCUCCUUGUUCUCUUGGAGUCGGAACUUCAGAUCUCUUUUCUCCACGAAAUCCGUGAGACACCGGAGUUUCAGCAGUUUCAUAUUGAAUAUUACUGCCCCCUUAGGCAGUGGGUAGCUUGCAAAAUAAACUUAAUUCGUGACAUGCUGGGCAGCUUUUAAAAAUUUAAAUAAAUAUUAUACAGCUAAGGGCUAUAUUCAAAAUUUCAGUUAGUGCCAGGUUUCCAUAAUGCCCCUUGGGCCAUCAGUUGGUAGCUGUCUUCAUAUCCAGUUCAUUACAGACUCUUUAGGUUCUUAAGUUCCCUUUACAUACUUAAAUUGCCCCUUUAGUUACCUGUUUAUACAGUCCCCUUUCAGUAGCCAAAAAGAAGCUUUAUUUUAAUUGCAUUUCAGACUUCCUGCUCAUCUAUUACAUUGUAUAAGAUAGGACCACAAAAAGUUUCAUUGUCCUUAACCUUUCAAUCCAUGACACUAAAUCCAAUGAAAUGGAAAGAAGAACUUUUUUGAAUAUACUCCUUAGUGCAGUGAUCUCUUCUAACCAAUGCCUAUACAAGCAAUGUUUAUGCUGGGGUUUUGUUUUUGGUUUGUUUUUCGGUUUGUUUGAUUUUUAAAAUUUUUAUGUGUUUAAAAUAUUUUGGUAAAUUUUUAGCAAAAGACAACUUCUGAUGGUAUUUAAAUGUACAAAUUGAUAAGAAAAAUGCACAAGGGCAUGUAGGGUGUUUUUAGUGUUUUAGCAAUGAUUUGUUUUCAAACUACUGGCUGGAGAAUGAAUGAGUUUAAUAUAGCUCUAUAGAGAGGGACCGUGGUUUGGGAAAUACGUAGUAAGUUCACUCAAGUUCAGUAGGGGCUACCUGGGGGAGGUGAAAGGACACCAAGUACGCAGAAGAAUUUCUGAAAGGCACAGUUGUAAAGCUUGGGGAAGUGAGCAGAAGGGAAAGUAAUGAUCCUUCCUCUUACCUGUCAGGUUGUCUUACACCUUAUAAGUGCUGUAGAAAGUCACUACAAGACAGUAUGUUUUGGAAUAAAGUGAGUCCUCAGUCUAAAUGUAGAUUAUUGUAUAUAACUUGAAAGAAGAUAAUAG